UGCCAAGAUAAUCACCAAAGUUGCCCGUCCCUGGAGGCUACAAUCAACGUGUUGAAUUCUCUUUUGGAAUGAAUAUAAACAUCCACUGAACCUUACGAUGGCGGAGUCAUUAUAUUUGCAUCCUUUGGGGAUCUUAUGAGGAUGUAGCAUGUUAAAGGGCGCUUAUUCUGACAAAUUUAAAAGCAUCCAGAAAGAGCGAUUGGAAAAAUUCAAAGAAGAACAAAAGGACUCUCUGAAAUCAAGAAGUGACAGGACCAAGGAACUUUCAAAGGAAACCAAUCGUCGGAGAAAAGCACUUGAGGAAAGGAAAAAGGAACUGCAAAACAAUGAGGAACAAUUAAGAGACGAAGUCUUGUCCAAGAGGAAACAGGAGCAGCAAGAGGCAACACAGAGAUUUCAAAAAGACUCUUUACAAAAGAAGGCACUAAAACAACAUGAUCUUGUGAAUGGAUAUAAUAAAGAGCCAGUUUCUGUUGUUCGUGAUGGUCACUAUGUUGUGCGGGGCCAUGUGGUAGAAGUGAAGGAUGGAAAGCAAGUGCCACGUAGUGCUGCAGUAGAUUCAAAAAGACUUCACGAAGUUGGAUUAGAAGUUUGGGGAGAUGAAAUGCCAGACAAUUACGAUUUUGAAAGGACAUACAAGGAUUUGUCAUACAAUCGUGCAAAUAGUGGAAUCCUGUAUGCAAUGAAUGAAGAGGUAGCUCAGCCAUUAUAUUAUGAAACUGAUGGAAUGGAAAAUGGGCCUGUUGGUGACUCAUGGACACUAGCUCAACAAGAAAAGUUUCGAGCCGAUGCCAUCGCUAAAAGUGGACCAAAGCUGGCCUUCACCAAGGACGAAUCUCAAAAGGACCCUCCUGAAGGGGCUCUGCCGUGCAUUAUGGGCAGGGACUCUCCAGGAGGGAGUGUCACUAGCUUAGAUAGCUUAGACGAAGUCCCUCAAGUUGCAGGGUCUGGAAUAGAGAGGGAACUGGGAGCCACCAGUAGGACGGGUAUAAUGGCCAAAAGAAGUAAGGAAGUCAAAUCUGCUGGUAAGAGACGGGUCACAUUUUCUGACAGCAUUGAAUUUGACGAUGGUGUUACUGGUCAGCUUGUUACAGAGGAGAAGCAAAGUACCAAAGUUUACACAAUGUUGUUUGCUAGAAAUGCAAACAAUUUUUACAACACGUCUAUAUCAAAUUCUUCAUCAUCAGCGGGACACUCUGGUACAAACCACAAGGGAAACAAGUCGGCAGGGACGCAUGUAACAUCUGUGAAUGAAAAGCGAACAGAACAAAGUCCCACCAGUUCAGUUCCCAGUGUAGUCAAAACCUUUGAGAAAGAUUCGUCUGUGGUAGCUACCUUUGGAAGAGACUCGUCUGUGGCGACUGUUACUCAUUGUGAUCACCCAAGACCUAGACCAGUUCCUCUGGAUAUUCAAGCGAACAAACCUGAGAAAAUGCCUGUGCAAGUUUCUUCCAGCGAGUUGAAUAGUGUAAAAGACUCAGGGGAAGCCAGUCAUGUAGCUGAUGCUAUGUGUGAUUCAGAGCUAAAUGACAGUUUGGAGGUUGUUAAAGAUAGCUUAGAUGUUAAAGUUGAUCGCGCAGAGGAUGUACAUGGUCUGAAAGAUGAAGGAGACAAAACAUGCCCAGCAAGCAGUUCAGAAAACUGGACUUCUUCUUUCUCGACAUCGAUGAUGAAAGAUUCUUUACAAAGGUACGUGGAGAGCACAUCGGAAAUCCCCACUGAAGAAUUUGCUGAAAAGUUUCCGUCCAAUGAGGAUCGUGUGGCAGAGGAGAUACCUGUUUAUUCAGAGCCAGUUCAUGUAACCGAGACACCCGUUGUCACAUCGGAAUAUCAGCAUCACCGUCCAUUCCAUAAUACUGAAAUUAAUUCUGUAACAACGUAUCCGUACUAUCACCGUCUCAGUUCACAGGUUGCCGGUGGUGUGCAAUUUCCUGCCCAAGGAACAUUCCAUCCCAGUUUCCCUUACCCUUUUUAUACCACUGUAGGUUCUGCGUUAAUGGAAGAACCCGAGAAGCAUGGAAUCGAAAAUACACCUGUUUCAAAAUCUUCUCACACAACCACAACAAACUUUGGUAAUGUUCAACAUGCUCUUAACCCAUCUGACCAUCAGAGAAGACCUGCUACGGAAAGCGUUGUUCCGUCUUCAUCGAAAGUUACCCACGCAGCAAACACAGGCCAUGCAUUUAGCAGUCAAGCCAAUGAUAUCCCAAAUAAACCUGCCAGCACUGAGUGGGUUGUAAACAUUAACGAGGCAGAUAAAAUGUCGUCCCCAAAAAAGGUCUCAUCGUCACCUUCAUCCACGGCAUCAACAUCCCCUUCGGGUGUCAAAUCUACCAGAUCUUUUAUCCCCCGACCUCCUUCCACGAAGAAAUCUGGCAAAAGUAGGCUUCAUCCAAGUGGUCUUCACAGAAAGCAAGCUUCUGCUCGUCCACGGAAAGGAAUCCAUAACCAUUCUAUUGUGUCAGAUAGGAGUCAAGCUGAAAGGAAUUUGAAGGCAAGUGCGAAUCGGAAGAAUAGCCCAGUAGAACGAGCAACUGAAAAGCAAAACUUGGAAACCAAAAGAUUAGAAAGUAAGGAUGGGAAAGAAAAGGCUUAUUUCAAACAGCCAAACAACGGCAACAAGCAUAACGCUUCCAAUCAGGACGGUAUCAUGGAGAGCAUUAAACGUAACAUGGAGAUGAUGAACUUAAGAACGAGGACUACAGCUGCCCAGGAACAGCACCAACGAAUUCUUAACUCGCUGAGGCUGGAGUUUGGUGAUGGCAAGAAGGUGCAGCAGGAGUCUGUGCACUACGGUGUGGAGAGUCAUGAAGAUCUGAUGCAUGCAAUUGAGCAUCACACCAACACACAGGAUAGAGCCGCUCGAAAAGUCCACCAUCCUCGGAUAGGAUCCGCUGGUUCACGAAAUGGUGCAAGACUCUCAGCUGGUACAAGCGUCAAGCUGGAUCUUGUAGACGAUGGCAGUUACCAAGCAGGGUUUGAUGGGUAUCCCAACAGAGGUAAACCAGAUGUGAAGAGGGCCAUGCCUUUCCAAACAGUAACCAGUGGUGCAACGAAAGAAAUGAUGCAAAAGGCUUCAUCUGGAAUGGUUACGAAUCAACAGUUCACUGAAGAGGAGAGAAGGUAUGAAUAUCAUGCAUCAACAGUCGGUGAACCAACAACUACAACUAUAACAAGCCAAGAAGGCGAAGGGCCUUUGCAGGCGAGAACUAGCACUCGAUAUGAACGAGAUGACACCGGUGUGAAGAGGUCCAUAUCCCUGGAUAAGACACCCACGGAUGAAGAAAUCAAUCACCUCUGGGCCCAUGUUCGGUCUUACCUCCACGGUGGGAAUACAAAAUCCGUCGGCUCAGACUCGUGCGUCGACAAAGUUAACGUACGGCGUUCUCGCACUCGCUCCAGCUCUACGCGACAAGUUCACAAUCCACAAGUUGUCCCACAGCAGAAUCCAGGUGGCAGCCGACAGCCAAAUGGGCAACACCUCGGUGUUCCUCCUCAGACUGGGGGCAGUACACUCGGUGGACUUCGGCGGUACGGCUCUCAUGAAGUCCUUAGGAGGGACAGCUCCUCCGACAGUCUUUCGUUGAAGAGGUCACCGCUCUUGCAACAUCGUGCUUCAAGAAGCAGACGCCCACAGAUUCACGCCCAUGGCCAAAAUAGCCGACCACCAUUGCCGAGACCGCACGAAUAUAAUCCGUCGCCAAGCCAGGCAGGUCCUACUGCCUCAGUCUCAUAUAGAGUUCCUGGUCCGCAACCAUUAUCGCCGGCUGAGAUGCACGCUGUUAUGAUGGCUUCGGAGAAAGAAAUGUUUCACAACAAUCAACAAAAUGCAUUUGCCGAUAUUUCUCCUCGUCAACAGUAUCAAGCAAUGAUGAGCGGUACCACAGGUCCAAGUGCUCUUUCAUUGGAAGAACAGAGGUUGUUACAGUCGUUGGAUCGAUUAAAUGAAAGGCUAAAAGCUCAAGAAGAAGUCACGAAAGCCAUUACUCAGAAACCCCGGAUGAAUGACAGUGUAUUCCGAGGGCCACAACAGAGUUCUGCUGGUCCUGGGACAAGAAGGACACAGACUAACCAGAAUUCUACAGCCAGAAAUUUCCUACACACGAGAUAACGUACAGAGAAAGCAGUUAGUCUAGAGGACCACGGCCAACUUGGUCAGUCGUGAUGGAAGAUCAAAUUCCACUGCAGAGGCCACAGAUUACACCCAAUGAAACAGGGUGGGCUUUUGAAUAGUAGAAGAACCUCAUUGAAUUGUUACCCCUCGCCUCUCUCCUGCGUUAGUUUUUGUUAAUUUAGAUUUCAUCUGGAUCUCUUUCAUGACGGGCGAGAUUAAUGUUCCUUUAAGAUAAUGCGAAGUAGCAUCAGAUUGAAAGUUCUAUCUAUUUAAACAUGUUGCCGAGGUCAGAAGGACUGAGGUACACAAAUAUAAAAGAAUAACGAUCAAACCCGCCAUUUAUGAAAGAGACAAUUUGAAUAUAUCAACAAAGUUGAAAUGGUAAAUUGCUCACCGUU